AAAAACAAAAUCUGAUAUUCUGGAAAAGGUAGCUGAAGAGAUAUUCAAGUACAAGGCCUACCCAACAGAUUCUGACUUCAGUGACGUUGCCGAAGCACUAAUCAAGAAGCAUCCAUGCCUCUCUGAACCUGGUUCAUACAACGGUUGUUACGGGUGGAAGCAGCGGUUGAAGACCAAAAUGGGCAACUACCGAACUCAGCUAAAGGGCAUUGGGUGUUCUGAAUUACUUGCAAAUUCACUUAAGUCCAAAGCUCCAGAGGAUGCAUUGCCAGCAAAAAAAGUAAAGAGACCUAAGCGAGGAGAAGCCAACCACAUACCUGACAUUCCAACUGGAGAGACCCCAGACAAGUUGGAAAACGAGAGACUGUUACUUCUAAGUGAGGUGAUGAAACGAAACAACCGUGCACUGAUAAAGGACAAAAUGGCCAAGACUUUUUCACUGCGGAGACAUGAAAUUGUGGAGAAGGAAUUAGGAGUGGAGGACUUAAAAGUCAGAUGGCCCGCAUUGUUCUCAAUGGAUGAGAUCAAUGCUGAAUUCAUGAGGAUUACAACUGUUCCCCUUCAACCGCGGUUCCUGGCUUCCUUGGACAAGCACCACAGCAAGAUGAUUGAUAUCAUCAGAAACAAGGGAGGAGCUGUCAGAGAGAAGACCCGGAACAUACUGAGAGUUUUGGAUCAGAGUCUUGAGGUAAAUGUAAAGAGAGAGUGCCUGCUGAAGUCUCUUAUUGUGUACCUUGGGGAGGAUGUGGACAAACUUAUCAAGGAGUAUCUGGUUGCUCAGAAGGACCAAGCUGAAACGGAGCUCGAGAGGUGUACAAUGGCAGUGUUUGUUAUAAGGGAGGAGGAGGAUCCUCUCCAGCCACCACAGGAUGUUGGGGUUGUAAUAGAAGGUGUGGAAGUCCUUAACAAGCUGCCAUCAGUUACGCAUGCAUGUGCCAUGCUAUUUGGCCUCAUCUACACUCUAAACUUGAGCUAUCCAGGUGAGCUCAAAUACACUUUUGAUGCGCUGCAGAAAAUCUUCAUGGAGAUUGAACCAAAGACAAUGAGACGCAGAGUGUGCAGUCUGAGUGUCAAGCUCUAAAGAAUGGAUUAUUCAAAGAAACAGACAUUUGGAUACAGCAUGUUUUUGUUCUGUGUUCUAGCUUGUAUUCACAAACCUUGCAGGAGAAUAAAAGGGGUCAUUGUUAAAUGUAAAUAA